AUGCUGAGGCUUGAGUUUGGCCAUGGCAACCACAAUUCGGAGUGUAGAGCCUUGAGGUCUUGCUCAUCAUCAUCCGUUGGCCACAAUCAUCGCAACAACACCAACUUGUAUCAUCAUGAUAGACUUAUUAUUUUAUUAAUUUCUCUCCUUCUAUUAUGUAAUUAUGCUGCACCAUUUAUUUCAUCAUCAUUUUCGUAUACAAUCUCUGAUCAAGAGCAUGUCAUUGAACAGGUGAAAGCAUGGAAGUAUAAACAACGAAGUUUUAUCAGGGUUAUUGAGGGAGAUGUGUAUCAGGAACGAAAAAGAAUGAUCGAUACCAGAGAAAAACCCCGAGCAGUAGAUGUAGUUGAUGCAAUCGGGGACGCAAAAGCCAAUAGCGAACGAGUCAAUAUAGUAAGCCCGGUUCUUGGAAAUAUGUCGCAAUCCUCAUGGGACACUCUUGUGCGGGUAGUCAGUCGAGAGCUUGAGUUGGAACAUAUUCUGACUCUUGGAAGAAAUACAAUUUUUGAUUUGGGAGAGAAAUGUGCAACAGGAAUCAAUAAUUUUACGGAAUAUGUCUAUGGAGAAGAAAUGUUUUUCAGAGGCAAGCAUUUCAACAUUUCCCGAGAUCAGUAUUCAACAUUUGAAACGGGUAAACCUGGAGAUUUUGUUCGAAACAGUACAACUGCUAGAAUUACAAACAGAAUUAGUGCCGGAUCGAAACAUGUACUUGUACUAAUGCCUAAUGGAAAAGUAUAUUCCACUGGAGUCUAUCUGAAUGGAAAUUUGGGAAGGAGAAUGACGGAUUCAAAAAUUGUCUAUAAUGCUCCUGUUGAAAAUCUCAAAGGACACAAAAUUUUACAAAUUGAAUCAAGUAUGAAUAGCAACUUGAUUUUAACUGACAAGGGCCUCUAUGGUUUUGGAGAAAAUACAAACUCUCAAAUGGCCACUGGAGGGACCAAGCCAGUCCUUACCCCAACUAGAAUCAAUGGCUUCAAUUUUAAUACCACCAUUGUACAAAUUGCUAUGGGAUAUUCGUUCUCUUUUGCAGUGGAUAUCACUGGAAAGCUUUGGGCUUGGGGUGAUAAUCUUGCUGGUCAACUUGGUGACAGAACAUGGGACGAAAAGAAUAGGCCCUUCGCAGUUUACAGAUAUGGAGCAUUAUUGAACCAAACGAUCUACAGAGUGUGUGGUGGUUGGAAACAUGCUCUAAUGUUAACAACAAAUGGCUCGUUAUAUGCAAUGGGAGACAAUUCAUUAGGGCAAUUGGGAACAAACUCAAAUGUCAAUACAGGAGAGCCUGUUAAGGUGAAAAUGGAUAACUUUGGAUAUCGAACGAUUGUUGACAUUCAAUGCGGUUAUGCUCACAACCUUGCAUUGACAUCAAGUGGAGAAGUUUUUUCGUGGGGAUACAAUGAACAUGGCCAAAUUGGUGACGGAACCACAACGAACGUUCUAAAGCCAAAGCUGGUUCCUGGAUUGAGUGACUGCAAUGUGAAAAAGAUUCAUACCAAAGCAAAUGUGAAUAUUGUACUUUGCUCGAAUAACACCAUCUUUGCGUGGGGAAAGAAUGAUGUCAACCAAACGGGAACUGGUCUUUCCACAUCAACUGUUUCUGUACCAACUAGAAUAGAUUAUACACAACAACCUAUUGUUGAUAUGACAUCGUCAGAGAAUUACUCAUUCCUAUUUCUUGCAGAUGGCUCUAUUCAUGCUGUUGGUUUGUGCAACAAUGUGCCAUAUUUCUAUGGCCAUGAAUGUCUUGAUUCUCAACCUGCAUUGCUACCUGGUGCUAUGCCCAACGAUCCCAAAAGAUAUGUUUUUUCAUUGGAUGGAAAGUUCACCAAAGUAAGACUUCAAGACAGCAUGACCAUUCCAUGGUAUCAGAGAAAACCUGUGUAUUUCGAAAUGGGGGAGGAUGGAUAUUUACUCAAGCCGGAGGUGACAGUACCCACUCGAUCCUGGAAUGGAUUUAACAUGUACAGUACGAACGUCACCAAUACCAACAAUUGGACAAUCUUGGAAUAUAACAAUUCAACGAACGAGGGCUUUCCUGUUUCAAUCUAUAAUUCCCACUUUUUGAAACUUAAUGAGUACAUGUAUUUGUUUGGAGGAUUUAUCAAUGAUGAAAUAUCCAACUCGAUCUACAGAUGUCCAAUCUAUACCUUGUCGCAGGAAUGGGAAUUGGUGAAUGUUACGCUUCCUAUACCGUUGGCAUCUGGAAGUAUUCAAAUUAUUGGAGAUUUCGUUUAUAUAUUUGGAGGAAUGUCAAGAUUGUAUUACUACAACGAAACCUGGGAUGAAGGCCCAACUCUUGCUCCCAUUAUUGUGGACACGAUAUUGAGGGCACCCCUGUCUAAUGUUUUAGCCUUUGAAAUUGUACGAGGCAAGAAUAUUUCUACUCCUCUACAUUCUGCAUAUUCGGAAAUUGUUGGUGAUUAUGUCUAUUUAUUUGGGGGUUUCAAUGAAUUACAUCAGUCGACAUUUAACAUUUUUAGAGCUCCAAUAUCAGACCCAACAACAUGGCAAAUGACUUUUGGUCUUUUACCCUUCUAUUCAAUUAAUACUGGAACGUUUGUUUCCACAAACAACUCUCUCUAUAUAUUCAAUGGAGGAAAUAGCAGCACGGCAAGUGGUGGACCGUUCAUGGCUGUUGCUAGCACAAAUGAUCCUGUAGAAUCAUGGAUGCUCUACAAUGACCCAGUCCUUACCACCGAGUCAUGGUGUAAAAAGUACAGAUUGUUGUGUUUGUUCUGUAAUGGCGUUCAAGCCACACACCCAAGCGUUUGCUCAUCAGGUGGAGUUUGUGCAGACUACGAUACUUGCGUGUGUUCACCAGGAAGAAGCGGUAGAAAUUGUGAGUUCGUGAGCAUUUUGGCGUUUGAGAACAAUCGAAGAUAUGCUGAUGGCACCUAUGCUCGAUCAUGUGAAGAGUACAAAAAUCCAUUCAAUACAUCUCGAUUGUAUUCUGGAUAUACUGGAAAUGGAUUUUACAUGAUUCAACCAUAUCCAGAAAUGCCUCCAGUGCUUCAAUUUUGUGACAUGACGCCAACAUUGCCAAGUUUCACCCAUCAUCCUGAAAUGGUAUCGAUGCAAACCAAGGCCAACGAACUACAAACAUACUACCGUUUACUCAAAUAUUCAAACUCUAUUACCAGCCUUGGAGAUGGCCUUUACAAAUUAAGGUACGAUCCAUCAAGAGUUUCUCUGUUCACAAAUAACCAAGUACCUGAUAACCGAGUUUCACCUCAGUUACAAAUACUUUGUAAUGUUCCCUACACAGGUGCUCCUCUUUUGUGUAGUUAUGCUGGAGCAUGCGCAAACAGCAAAUGCAUUUGCGGUACUGAGAGGUAUGGAACUGACUGCCGAAAAGUUGGUAUUGUAUUGUAUGGUGGAUAUAGAAGAUAUGCAGACUUGACCUUUGCUGCCUCUUGCUACUACUAUCGAUUCCCAUCAAACUCAAGCAGGCUUUAUUCUGGUGAGAUUGGAGACGGCAUGUAUUUAAUCCAACCUGACUCCACCAAAGACGCUAUUCCCGUAUUUUGUGACAUGUCAUCAAAAGAUAGCUCUGGAAAUGAUAAUUCUGGUUGGACCUUGGUGUACAAGUAUCCAAAACGAGUGAGCGACGAUGCUUAUACUAUUUGGACAAGCACUAGCGACACAGUAGGAACACCAAACAAGUUCAGUACAGACAUUUAUCAUUUGGCUUCUGUAAAGAAUAGUUGGAAUAUUUUCACGGAGGCAAGGGUUGAAAUUACCUCUGAAGGUUCAGUUAAGAGAUAUAUUGUCUUUGGGCUUGGUUCAGACAAAAAUCUUUGGUUUACCAAAGACUCGGUUAAACAUUCAAACUGGGGGCUACAUUUGGGUUAUUAUGACACAUAUCAAUAUUUCGCUGCAAUUGGUGACACUGUUAAUAACAGAAGGUGGACCGUUAUCAAGUCUUAUUACAAUUGUGAUUACGACCUUGGCUGGCUUAUUAUUGCCAGAGCCACUGACACUUGUGUCGUCAGUGGAAGAUGGAAAUCUGAGCCAUACGGCCAUUCCAUUUAUUACUCAAAUGUUGACACCACCAUGUAUUUCAAGGAUAUGCUUUUGGCUGAUACUGUUAUUGUCAUGUUGCGAUAA